GAAAAAAAAGAAGAGAAAAAAAACACAUUUUUUCUUUUCAUAUAAAUGUGCGUUUACGUUGCGCAAAACAACAUUUGCAAAGUAUUCGUCAUUGAGUAAAAAUCUGGAGAAAAAAUUUUCGCUGAAAAAUUUUUUCAUUUUACAAAAAUUCAAUUUAAAUAUGAAAAUCUUACAAAAUAAAUUACUUGGCACUGGACGCAAAUUGCGGCAGGAACCAAUUCAACUUUGACGAAUCAGUUAAAUAAAAUAACAACAACAAAAAAAAAAAACUUCUAAAUCACAACACCUACAACAACAACUAUAUUAAAAAAAAAUCAUUAUUGAUUAAAGAUUUAAAGAAGAAGAAAAAAAAUUUUUUUUUUUUGAAAACAACAACAACAACAAAAAAAAAAGGAAAUAAAAAUAAUAAUUUAUUUUAUUUUUAUAUAGAAUACAAACAUAUACAUACCUAUAUUAAUAUUCAUAUAUAUAAAUUAUCUAUUAUAUACCAAACUAUUAUUUAUUAUUACCAUUUGUAUAUGCAAUUAUUAAAUUGAUUAACACACAUAAUAAUUAUAAAAUUAUAUAUAUAUAUAAACAUACUUUCUAUUAUAUACCUAUAUAUAUAUAAUAGAGAAGGGCAGAGAAAAUAUAUAUACAUACAUAUUUGAAAAAGAAUCCAGCAAAUUUUAUAUAUAAUCUUCAUCGUUAUAUAUAUAUAAAGUAUAUUUGUACAUAUUGUGUACGUUUGCAGAAGAAAUGAUUUAAGGAUUUUUUAAUUUAAAGGAAGUAAAAUCAUUUUCACUUUUAAGCAAAAAAAAAAACAAACACAAAAUAUUAAAUCCGAAAAUCAACAUUUUUGUGUUCGUUUAUAUACUUCAAUUUUAAUUACCAUACCAGAAUACUAGAAAUAACGAGAUAAUUGUAGAAGAAAAAAUAACAGCAACCAGAAUAAAUAGCAGAAAUUUGAAUAGUAGUAGUUCUUUUUCAACUACACAACAAAAAUAUAAUAGAAUAAAAAUAUUUAUAUAAAAAAAACAUAUUAUAUGAUAUAUAAUUUUUGAAUUUUACAAAUAUUUGGGAAAAAAAACAAAAUUUUCGAUUUUAUAUUAAUUAAAACGCCUUAAUUAUUUAACAAAAAAAAAAAUUUAAGGAAAAAAGUAGAAACCAAGAAAAACAUCACAUACAUUUUAUUAAAAAUCAACAAGGAAAUCAACAAAUAUUCUUGAAUUUUUUAUAAUUGAAAAAGAAAACAAUAAUUUUGCAAAAUAUUAACCAUAUUAAUUAUUUUUUUAAAUUAUCAUCAAAUAAUUUUUAACAAAAAAAAUUUUUAAUAUUAUUUUAAUCAUCAUACAAUUUUUCAUUUGGUUUUUUUUGGAUCCGUACUUAAAUUUCAAGAGAGAAGAAGAAAAACACAAAAAUAAUUUUAUAAUUAUUUUUUUAUUGGUAAUUUACAAGAAAGCUAUAAUUUUUAAUUGAAAAAGAAGAAAACAACAAAAAUUUCAUUUAAAAUAAAAAAAAAAAAAUGGGUACUUAAAAGCAUAAAAUGAAUAAAUCACACCUUUUAGUUUAUUUUUAUUUUCAUUUUCAAAUUUAACAAUUUUUAAUUUUUCUCUUCAUAUUAAAAAUAAAACCAACAUUUUUAAAUAUUCUUUGUAUUCCAAAAAGAAUAAAAAGAGAAGAAAAAAUAAUAUUGAUUACACUUUUAUUAUUACUACAUAAUAUAUAUAUAUACACACAUAUUGAAAAACGUAAUAAUAUUUGAGAAAAAAAAAUAUAAUUAAAAAACAAAAUAUAUAAGAUUUUAUUUAAAAUCUAAAAAGAAAAUUCCGAUUAUUGAAUAACAAAAACAAAAAUAUUACAAGGAGCAAAACAGACAGAAAAGAAAAAAAAAACAGAAGAUAAGAUAAACAAAAAACAAAUUUUCUGCCAUAAUUAUUUUUUUCUUUUGCAAAAAAAAACAAAAGGAGAAAAAGAAAUAAAACCCAAAAAGGAUAUUCAACAUUUUUACAAUCAACCAUAAUUUAUUAUAUUUUCAACAUAUUUGCAAAACAGCAAUAAAAAUUUUCAUUUAAAAAUAAAAUUGCAUAAACAUAGGAGGAGAAAAACAAAGAAAAGGAACAUAAUAAAGUUUUGAACAAAACGAAUUAAAUAUUUUUUUGUAAUCCGAAAAAAAAAAUACUUUAAAAACGCGCAAAAAAAUCUACCAACCAACCAACCAACACUCAUCAAACUAUUUAAUAUUCAAUUUUUCAAAAAACAGAAGGAAAAUAUCAUAUUUAUAUAGAUAUAUAUAAAUAUUUAAAGAAAAUUAUAUCACCAGAAGAAUUUAUAUAAUACCAAAAAAAAAAUAAAUAUUGUAUACUAUUAAUAAUUAUAAUAUUAUCAUAUAUAAAAAAAAUAAAUUCAAUCAAAACUAACAACAAAAAUAAAGAAAGCAGAUCAAUUAUCCAACAACAUUUAAAUACAAGAAAAAUAAGAGAAAAAAAUAUAAGCAAGAAACUACAACAAAUUUCAAAUUCAUUUCUAAAUUAAAUUAUAUUUUAUACAUAAAAUUUUGCUUUAAAACCAGAAAACAAUUAAAUCUAUUAAAUUAGAAAAAAUCUAUUUAUAUUUUGAUAAAAUAUUUAUAAAAAAGCAAAUAUAAGUCCGCAAAGCAAAGCAAAAAUAAAUUUUCAUUGAUAUUUUGUUUUAUAAAUUGUACAAAAUACAAAACAAAAAAACAAAAUUCAAAUUCUAUCUCCAAAUAUUUAACAACGCUCUAUAAGCAAAAUAUUAUUUUAUAUUAAAAAAGAAAAACAACAAAAAAAAAACAACCCAACUUCAACUGAUUUUUUUAUAUUUUAAAAACAAAAAAAAUUGUCUUUCCACAAAAAAACAAGAAAAUUUAAAGAAAAUUAUUAUAUACAAGCAAAAUACAUAAAUAUAAAAAAGCUGAUAAACAAAAAUCCAAAUUAAAAACAAUUAAAGAAAAUAAUUUUGAUAAAUAUUAAGGAAUUUAAAAAGAAAAUAAGAAAAUUUACUUUACAACAUAAUUUUUAAGUCAAAUUCAAUUAAAUAGGAGAAUAAAAAUUUUACAAUAAUUAUAUUACAUAAAUAAAAAACACAACAAAACAAAAUGGAUCCAUAUUCUACAGAAAUUUUAUGGAUUGUAAUAUUAGGGUUUAUAAUCGCUUUUAUAUUGGCAUUUGGUAUUGGAGCUAAUGAUGUUGCCAAUUCAUUUGGUACCAGUGUAGGUUCCGGUGUACUAUCAUUAAGGAGUGCAUGCUUAUUAGCAACAGUAUGUGAAAUUGCUGGAGCUGUUUUAAUAGGUUAUAAAGUAUCAGAUACAAUGCGAAAAGGAAUAUUAGAAGUAACAUUAUAUGAAGGACAUGAAAAUGAAUUAAUGUUAGGUUGUUUAGCAGCAUUAGCCAGUAGCGCUGUAUGGUUAUUGGUUGCAACAUUUUUAAAAUUACCAAUAUCUGGUACACAUAGUAUUGUUGGUUCAACAAUUGGAUUUAGUUUAGCUGCAAGGGGUACACAAGGUUUAAAAUGGUCAAAAUUAGGUACCGUUGUUGGUUCAUGGUUCAUAUCACCAGUAUUGAGUGGUCUUGUCAGUGUUAUAUUAUUUCUUGCAAUCAAUAAAUUUAUUUUAAGAGCAAAAGACCCACUUAAAAAUGGAUUUUUAUCACUUCCUGUCUUUUAUGGUGUAACAGUUUUCAUCAAUAUAAUCAGUAUUGUAUUGGAUGGACCAAAAUUACUUUAUAUGGAUAACAUUCCAACAUGGAUUGCUGUUGCUCUAAGUGUUGGUAUCGGGAUUUUUGCGGCAAUCAUUGUACAAUUAUGUAUAGUACCUAUGCAACGUAGAAAAAUUGAAGAAAAAUUAAAAUUGAAAGAGCCAGUGAAAUUUACAAUCGAAAGCUCCAAUGAAUCAUCACCAUCCGGUAGCCCUAAGAAAGGUAAACGACCAUUAUCACUAGUAAGUGAAGGAAAUCAAUUACCUACAAUUGCUGAAAUUACUGAACUUUCAACAUUAGGCAAUUUAACACCGAAGUCAUUAGGUUUCCCGCAAAUUAAAGGAAACAAUUAUAAAGUUGAUCCUGAUAUUAUUCGUAAAGCUGAACAUCUUCUUGGUAAAAAUAGUUUGGAUAAUACAGAUUUAACGAUAACAAGUUUAAAUUAUAUUGAUGAACAACAACAAAAUGGCAAAAAUUUACAAGAAUUUUUCGAUAAUAAAAAUCAAAAAUCUCCUAUCAAUACCAAUAACAAUGAAUCUCUUCCAGUUGAAAAAGAUGUUGAUAAUAAUACAUUAAAGAAAGAUGAUCAACUUUUUGUUUAUGAUAAUCAUGGUUUAAAAUGUAUUGAAAGUGGUACAAAUAUGGAUUUAAUUGUAAAUGUGAAUAUGUCACAAAAUUCAAGUAGAGUUCCAUUAAUUGAAGGAAAAGAUGUUGAAGGCGGUAUAAAAUCAAAUAUUAAUGGUGAAAAUGAAUCAAGUGUUUCAAUAUUGUUUAGCUUUUUGCAAAUUUUAACAGCAACAUUUGGUAGUUUUGCACAUGGUGGAAAUGAUGUUAGCAAUGCUAUCGGGCCAUUGAUUGCUUUAUUUAUGAUUUAUACUGAAGGAUCUGUAUUACAAAAAGCUGAAACGCCAAUUUAUAUAUUAAUUUAUGGAGGCAUAGGAAUUUCAAUUGGUCUAUGGUUAUGGGGACGACGUGUUAUAGAAACCAUUGGAAAUGAUUUGACCAAAAUUACACCGUCCACCGGUUUUACCAUUGAAAUUGGUGCUGCCAUUACAGUACUGCUGGCCAGUAAAAUUGGUUUACCUAUUUCAACAACACAUUGUAAAGUAGGUUCUGUUGUAUUUGUUGGUCAUUUUAGUUCAAAAUUGAAUAAGAACAUAAAUAGUAGUUCAGAAGAAGAAAAAUCUAGUGUUGACUGGCAUUUGUUCCGAAAUAUUGCGUAUGCCUGGGUUGUAACAAUUCCUGUAACAGCCUUAUUAAGUGCUGGUAUGAUGUAUUGUUUAUGUCAAUUGGUGCUGUAAACCAUAAAACUAGAAGGAUUUUUAGAUAAUAGUUUUAAAUAAUAACUAAUUUAAAUUAACCCUUAGGGUUUUACAAUUUUUAGUACUGCAAAGAAAAGAAAAAAAUAAUUGUAAUAAAAUAAAAGGAAUUUAGUUUUAAAAUAUGUGAAAAGUGUAAUGCAUGAAUAAAAAACAAAUUUGAAAAUGUUUGGCAAUAAAUCAUUAUUAAUUUAAGGUGUUAUUAAA